AUGACGGGAAUCAAUACACACUUUGCCGUCGCUUUGUUUUGCUUCUUCUCAUUCUCUCUCCGAGCCAUGUCCCAAGCUUCUCAAAUGCUUAUUGAUUGCACCCAAUUCGACAACGUCACUCGAACUAGCUCUUAUCUUUCAAAUCGUGACACGGUCCUCUCUACACUUCGCAACCGUUCUUCCAUCGGAAGCUAUUCCAACGCCACGGCCGGGCUUAGCCCAAAUACAAUCUAUGGCAUGUUCCUUUGCAGAGGAGACCUAAACAGAACAUCUUGUUCAGACUGUGUCAAUGCCACAACGUUAGAAAUCUAUAAAUCCUGCUUUUAUCGUAAAUCAGCUUUGGUAAUCUCUAACGAGUGUAUAGUUCGGUACUCGAACGUUUCUUUUUUCACGCUCGUAGAGGAUGUACCUAGUACCGCUAGAUUCUCCACGGGAAAUUCUUUGGAUUCUCCGCAAUUUUUCAGUCAAACACUUCUUGAAAAAUUAGACGCACUUAUCCUUAGAGCAUCCUUGUCUUCGUCGUUACCAGUUCCAUAUUUUGUGGAUGAUCAACAACAUGUGACUCAAUUGGAAGGUUCCUAUGAUUUACAUGCAAUGGUCCAGUGUAGUCCUGAUCUUGAUCCAAGAAACUGCACCGUCUGCUUGAGACUCGCGGUCCAAAGACUCUCGGGGUGUUGCAGCCAUGCUCAGUUUGCUCGGAUCUUCUAUACUAAAUGUCUCAUCACGUAUGAAAUCUCCGCUUUGCAACCGAACGUAACGAGUCUUGGUGUUACAAAAAGUGAGUCAUUAACAGUAUAUAUCAUUUAA